GCGGCGGGCAGCCCCGCGCCGUCGUCGGCGCCCGGGGCCGGGCAGGAGGCCGCGCAGGAGGGCGCGCAGGCCGGCCGCGUGAAGCGCGGCUGGGUGUGGAACCAGUUCUUCGUGGUGGAGGAGUACACCGGCACGGAGCCCCUGUACGUGGGCAAGAUCCACUCGGACUCGGAUGAGGGUGACGGUGCCAUCAAGUACACCAUCUCGGGAGAGGGCGCUGGGACCAUCUUCCUGAUCGACGAGCUGACGGGCGACAUCCAUGCCAUGGAGCGCCUGGACCGGGAGCAGAAGACCUUCUACACGCUGCGGGCCCAGGCGCGGGACCGCGCCACCAACCGCCUGCUGGAGCCGGAGUCGGAGUUCAUCAUCAAGGUGCAGGACAUCAACGACAGCGAGCCCCGCUUCCUGCACGGCCCCUACAUCGGCAGUGUGGCCGAGCUCUCGCCCACAGGCACGUCCGUGAUGCAGGUGAUGGCCUCGGAUGCAGAUGACCCCACGUACGGCAGCAGCGCCCGGCUGGUGUACAGCGUGCUGGACGGCGAGCCCCACUUCACCGUGGACCCUAAGACCGGCGUGAUCCGGACGGCCGUGCCUGACCUGGACCGUGAGAGCCAGGAGCGCUACGAGGUGGUGAUCCAGGCCACAGACAUGGCCGGGCAGCUGGGCGGCCUCUCAGGCUCCACCACAGUCACCAUCGUGGUCACCGACGUCAACGACAACCCGCCCCGGUUCCCACAGAAGCUGUACCAGUUCAGCAUCCAGGAGUCGGCUCCCGUGGGCACGGCCGUGGGCCGCGUGAAGGCCGAGGACUCGGACGUGGGCGAGAACACGGACAUGACCUACCACCUCAAGGCGGAGAGCGGCAGCGGGGGCGGCGUCUUCAAGGUCACCACAGACAGCGACACUCAGGAGGCCAUCAUAGUCCUGCAGAAGCGCCUGGACUUCGAGUCGCAGCCCGUGCACACCGUGGUCCUGGAGGCCCUCAACAAGUUCGUGGACCCGCGCUUCGCGGACCUGGGCACGUUCCGCGACCAAGCGAUCGUGCGCGUGGCGGUGACGGACGUGGACGAGCCCCCCGAGUUCCGGCCGCCCUCGGGCCUCCUGGAGGUGCAGGAGGACGCGCAGGUGGGCUCCCUGGUCGGCGUGGUGACGGCGCGGGACCCCGACGCCGCCAACCGGCCCGUCCGGUACGCCAUCGACCGCGCCUCGGAUCUGGACCAGAUCUUCGAUAUUGAUGAGGACACAGGCGCCAUCGUGACCGGCAAGGGGCUGGACCGCGAGACCGCAGGCUGGCACAACAUCACAGUGCUGGCCAUGGAAGCCGACAAUCACGCUCAGCUCUCCCGGGCGUCCCUGAGGAUCCGAAUCCUGGAUGUGAAUGACAACCCCCCAGAGCUGGCCACGCCCUACGAGGCAGCCGUGUGCGAGGACGCCAAGCCUGGCCAGCUCAUCCAGACCAUCAGUGUGGUGGACAGAGACGAACCCCAGGGCGGACACCGCUUCUACUUCCGCCUGGUGCCCGAGGCUCCCAGCAACCCCCACUUCUCUCUGCUGGACAUCCAAGACAACACAGCCGCGGUGCACACUCAGCACGUGGGCUUCAACCGGCAGGAGCAGGACGUGUUCUUCCUGCCCAUCCUCGUGGUGGACAGCGGGCCGCCCACGCUGAGCAGCACGGGCACGCUCACCAUCCGCAUCUGUGGCUGCGACAGCUCUGGUGCCAUCCAGUCCUGCAACACCACGGCCUUUGUCAUGGCUGCCUCCCUCAGCCCCGGCGCCCUCAUCGCUCUCCUGGUCUGUGUCCUCAUCCUGGUCGUGCUGGUGCUGCUGAUCCUCACCCUCAGGCGCCACCACAAGAGCCACCUGAGCCCAGACGAAGACGAGGACAUGCGGGACAACGUCAUCAAAUACAACGACGAGGGCGGCGGCGAGCAGGACACGGAGGCCUACGACAUGUCGGCGCUGCGC